UCCACUCAUCAUGGCUUCAUCACCACCAUCUCUAUCCUCCUUCCUCUUUCUUACCCUAGCUUUGAUUCUCAUAUCCAUUUCACCCGCAUUUUCCACGCCACGUCGAGCUCUUGAUAAUCAUCAGGAUCAACUGAUGAAAACUGGUUUCAAAGUUACUCUAAACCACAUUGAUUCGGGUGAAAGCUUCACUAAAUCUGAGCGUUUAUACCGGGCAGUAAAGCGUUCCAAUGCCAGGCUCCAAAAGUUCAAUGAAAUGGUUUCGACAGCUAACCAACCAGAACUGACGACCACGGUUUAUGCAGGACCGGGCGCUUACUUCAUGAACUUCUCGAUAGGGACCCCGCCGAAUUCUUACUCGGCUUUAAUGGAUACCGGCAGCGACCUCAUAUGGACUCAAUGCCAGCCUUGUCUCGAGUGUGUUCCUCAGUCCGAUCCGUUUUUUGAUCCAAAGAAAUCCUCCUCUUUUUCAAAUGUGUCAUGCACCAGCAAAUAUUGCCUAGACCUUCUGCCAUAUUCAAAUUGCAACCCGUUCUACGGGUGCGUGUAUAUCUACGAAUACGGAAGUGGGAUAACUUCAGGUUUUUUAGGCACCGAGACCUUUACUUUCGAGAAGGUCAAGGUGCCGAAAGUAACGUUCGGUUGUGGUCUAUUUAAUUUGGGAUUCGACAACGGGACCGAGGGCCUGAUAGGCCUCGGACGCGGACCCUUGUCGCUCAUCUCCCAGUUGCGCGAGCCCCAGUUUUCAUAUUGUUUAACUUCUUAUGGUGAUGCCAAACCUAGUACCCUUCUGAUAGGCUCCCAACGAGCUGCUGCUGGGCCGAACAAAACCACCCCUUUGCUUCAAAACCCAUUCAUUCCCACUUUUUACUAUCUCUCUCUCGAAGGAAUCACAAUUGGUAGCACUAGAUUGCCCGUAAACAAAACAACUUUUCAAAUCAAUCCUGAUGGGUCUGGAGGCGUAAUCUUAGACUCUGGCACAACAAUUACGUAUCUGGACUUCAACGCGUAUCUUCUUGUCAGAGAACAGUUUAUCAAACAAGUAAAGCUUCCGGUUGUCGACGUAUUCAAUGUCACCGGGCUUGAUCUCUGCUUCAAAUUGCCACCCAAUCCCGCUAGCGUGGUGAUACCCAAACUGAUAUUCCAUUUCACAGGCGCGGAUGUAGAUUUGCCGACGGAGAACUAUUUUCUAGGGAAUUCGAGCAUUUUCAUACCCGGAUUGGGGGUCACGUGUUUGGCCAUCGAACCGUCGUUCGGUUUCUCCAUAUACGGGAAUGUGCAGCAGCAGAACUACAUGGUGUUGUAUGACCUAUCCAAAAACACCGUAUCGUUUACGCCGACGCAGUGUGACAAGUAUUGAGCUCUUCUGUCAGUUGAUCUCGUUAUCAUGAUACAUCGAUCCCUAGUUUGCUAGUACUUGUUUACAGCACUAUGUACCCAGUUGAAUUCCCUCAAUAAGUUUGUAACACUAGUCUUGUAUUCGUAAUCCUUUUGUAUACUUUGCAAUUCGUAACAUUGAACAUAAAUUUCAUAACAUUUGUAAUGUUAUGAAUUUUUUUCUUCAAGUUAUGAAUUUUUAAGCAAAUGUCAAGAAUUUUAUAUAAAAUGUGUCGUCCUGAUCAUCCUCACUUCGGAUUGCAGGCUGCUCCUAUA